UUGUAUAACCUUUAUACGCACAGAUAUAUUUAUAUGUCUAUAAUGAAGUCAGCACUCUCAGCACAACAAGAAAUUGUGUAAAUCUAUUGCUUUGCUGAGGCUUUUAAUUUGAUUGAAAUUUCAGAUGGUAUUCUUUCUUUUAAUCAUUCUGUUUUUGUUAUUUUCUUUUUUCCAGUUUGAAAUGUAGCUGCUGUUGAGCUCGACCGAACCACACUGCAGUGCUGUCAUUAGAGAUGGCACAAAGCCACUUUUUCUUUUCAUAUUACAAUAUUGAAAUUUUGAGUAUCAGCCAAUACUGAUCCGAUACUUUUUCUUAAAAACUACUAGGCGGUAAAACAAGCUAGUUAUAAUUGAAACACUUCACUAAAGAUGGGGACCUAAGGGUAGGCUAUCAGGUCCACACUAUUCAAACAACAGAAGAAACCACCCCAGAGGAAGACGUACACGGUUAACACAGCUAACAGCAUCACACAAUGUGAGUGUGUGCUAUUUCAGCCCAGAUGUGUUACGAGAUUGGAGCAGAUUCAUUCCUUCCCUCCCAUAUUAGGUCUUGUAUUUUUUGCUGAUUGUAGCCUGACAUCUUCAUGCUGUCUCUAGCUGUUAUUAUACGAGCGGUAAAAAAUAAAUAAGGGAUAGUGUGCUAUAUGGUAAUGUGGGUCAGUAUGUUUGGUAUUGUGGCACAGCGGUAUAUCAUUAUAUGGGGCACUUGAAUGAUAAAGCCACUAUUUUAUUCAACACAGUUGCAACACUGUUUACAUUAUUUCCUUUUUAAAUGGUGAAUGUCCCAGUAAUAAUCAGCUGAGCUCUCCAGGCCUGAUUGGUCAUAACAGCUGAAUCCGCUCUAGUCUGUGACGUUUAGCCCAGAACAGACGGGCUGUGUCAGCCUGGAGCGAACUGAGAGCUGAAGAGCUACAAAAUCACAUUUUCCUGGUUUGUGUGAAAACAGCGUCAUCCUGUGGUCGUAACACAAAACUGAGGCGCUCUUUUAAUCAAAAUCUAAGAAAAGCGUCGGAGAGUCACUAGUGAUGCUACGGCCGUAUUUCUGAAUCACAAGAUAAAGCAGGCGACUCCCAUGUGGCUCAGACUUCCAUAACGAUCAGAUUCAGUCUUUUGCAAUAUCAUAUCGUCUCGCAAAGUAAUCAGUCCACCCUUUCUCUGCUUAAGCGUCCCUCCACUUUAAACGUUUCAGUGAUCGCAUGAGUUUCUAACGCGCUCCCACGCCUGAAUAUAAGUAGCCUCGCCUGUUCGGCCCACAAGCCUAUCAACUGUUUCUUCUGGCUUUGUUCAGGCACACCUUUUUCUGCACCUUAUCACUGAGGGCGUGCCCGAAACGAGUCGAGAGUGAGAGGCUCACCUGAGAUCAUUACGCCACUGCUGGAGGUGGAAAUGGGGAAGGCAGGUGGACGAGGGGACUUUGAAUGGGUCUACAACGAGCAACCGCAUACAUGGAGAAGGAAGGAAAUAUUAGCAAAGUACCCGCAGAUCAAGACCUUGAUGGGUCCCGACCCCCAGCUGAAGUGGGUUGUGUCAGGAAUGGUUCUAACCCAGAUAUUAGCGUGUUACCUGGUCCGUGACCUGUCUUGGAAGUGGGUGGUCUUCUGGGCAUAUGCCUUUGGGGGCUGCAUCAACCACUCCUUGACCUUAGCCAUUCACGACAUCUCUCACAAUGUGGCCUUUGGGAACAAGCAGGCUCGCUGGAACCGCUGGUUCGCCAUGUUCGCCAACCUUCCCAUUGGUCUGCCUUACUCUGCCUCCUUCAAGAAGUACCACAUCGACCACCAUCGCUAUCUGGGAGGAGACGGGCUGGACGUGGACAUCCCUACGGACCUUGAGGGCUGGUUCUUCUGCACCCCGAUAAGGAAGGUACUCUGGCUCUUCCUCCAACCCUUCUUCUAUGCGCUGCGGCCUCUGGUGGUGAACCCAAAACCCGUGACCAGACUGGAGAUGAUGAACGCAGGUGUACAGUUUGCAGUGGACAUUCUCAUCUACUACCUCUGGGGACUCAAGCCCAUAGUGUACCUCAUCGCCGGGUCUAUACUGUGUAUGGGCCUACAUCCCAUCUCUGGACACUUCAUUGCUGAACACUACAUGUUCUUGAAGGGCCACGAGACCUACUCGUACUACGGCCCUCUGAAUUUAAUCACCUUCAACGUGGGAUACCACAUGGAACACCAUGAUUUCCCCAGCAUUCCUGGUAGUAAAUUACCUGAGGUGAAAAGAAUUGCAGCGGAGUAUUAUGACUCACUACCGCAGCACACCUCCUGGAUACGAGUGCUCUGGGACUUUGUUUUUGACGACAGCAUCGGCCCCUAUGCCAGAAUCAAGCGAGAAUACAAACUGGCCAAACAGGAAUAAACCAUACCCUAGCGCAUUAUUAUCUCAGAGCCGCUAUUUAAACAGAAAAGAAGAUCUGGACAAGCCUGCUAAACUGGUAGCAACACGUGUCUAAACUUUUCAGCUCAAAAACCAGGAUAACAAGUUAAGAACACACAUGAACUUACACUUUUGGUCAGUAUAACUGUCUAAUUCAUAGUCCAACUAAUGUAGACUAUGAAUAUAUUCUAAGUAGGGCUGAGGUGAAUUCUGCAUUGAAACUCUAAAAUGUCUUUUCAUUGAUGAUGCCCUGCUGUUUUGACAUGUAAAAUAUUUUCCAAGAUCUACUGUUUUCUAUUAUGUUCCAGCUGUUGUGACCUGUGACUGUUUUGAAUAAUAAUUUGACCAGAUGUAGGUGAAAACAGGCGCCACUCCUGGAUACUUUAAGGUGUGGUGGCUGAAUUAAAAAAUCGUCUCGUGAGUAGUUUAAGCAGAAGUAUGAGUAGUGUUGUGUUUUUAUUAACUUAGGAACCAAAAAGGGCAGUCCGUAAAGAUGAUGCGCUAAGGCCAAAUUUAUUCUGAUACAAAGCUUUUAAAAGGGAAUUCCAGCUAGUCAGAAGAGUUGAGAAUGGUGGUGAUAGGAGGCUGAUGUCUGAACAGUUUAAUGUCUAAGGUGGGGGGGGGUGGCAGUGAAUGUUAAAGGUAAAGCCAACAGCAAUCCCAAUGUACAACAGUGCAAAAUACACAUACAGUUACAUUUAUAUUGAUAUCUCAAGCUUUAUAUGUCAGUUUUAAAACACACAUAUCAUAUAGAGGUAGUAUAGAGACUCCAUUUUGUUGCCUGUUACAAUGGCAUUUUUAUUACCACUGUGUCCCUAAAGUUCUUAGUCUGAUCUGUAAAUAUCUUGGACAAAAACUUGAUAAUAAUAAAUAUGAUAAUUAAGAAGGAAAAAGAAAGAACUAUUAAUAACUUAUAGCACAAGUCAACAAAUCAUAGAUCAUAGUAUAGUAAAUCUUUACAGGGCAGGUUACACACUUUUUUCUGACAACCAUCCCACAACCCACUGAACUUGCACCAAUGCUCUAAAGGCUACCUCACAGAACGAUAUUAGGUGAUAUAUGUUGCCUGAUACUUGAAACGUUGUUUUAUGACAGAAAGGUGAUAUGGGUUUGGACCAUUGCAGGGCUACAUGCAGGGAAUUGUAAGGCAAAAGAAGGCCCAAAUUAUUAUACAUUUUUUUUGGAUUUACCACUUUUUUAUCGCUAUCAACAUACUCAGAAAAAAAUCAACAUAAAAAACUUUGUUGACAACAGAAAAGGCUGUUAACAAAACGGUGGAUGUAACAGGCACAGUCUGGCUUUUAUUUUGUUUGUUUUGUUGCAAAACAAAUGUCUACCUAUUGAAACUUAAGGGGCAUGACCCAGUAAGGAAUUUGGUACUUGCUAAGCACAUGCAUUUACAUACACAAAGACAACACUGACCUGUUAAAACUUGUGAGGGGACAUUAAUUUAGCAAAUGACAUAGCUGUAUUGUUUCAAACUUUUACCAGCGCAGCCAGCUCCUGGUGCAAUCCAUUAAUAUUAAUGUACUUUGCUUUCAAGUUUAAACAUGUUUUGUAAAUUGAAACUCCAUUAAUUUAUCAUCCUGAAUAUAGACAAGCAGCUCCAAGGUUA